AUGGCCACUCAAAACUCCCGAUUCCAAGAAGAGACAAGAAACAAUCAAAGGAACACUACAACUUCUAUUAAGAAUUUGGAACUUCAAAUGGGUCAAAUAGCACAACAAAUAGUAGGUUCUCAAGCACAAGGGUCCCGUCCUAGUGCAACAAUGACAAAUCCAAGAGAGCGUAAUAAUGUGAGUGUUGUGAUGACUAGAAGUGGUAAGUCAACUAAGAGCCCUAAAGACAAACCAGGGGAAGAAAACCAUUUUCUAGAGGUAAAUCUGGCACUUGAGAAAAUGUUAACAUAUGCCAAGUUCAUGAAAUAUAUCAUCUCCAAGAAAUGCCCAAUUGACACUGAACCUAUACUUUUGACUGAAACAUGCAGUGCUAUGUUGCAGGGUAUGAAGAUUCCGGUGAAAAAGAAAGAUAGGGGCUCUGUCACCAUUCCAUGCACAAUUGGGGAUAGAAAACUCAAGAAGGAACUUAUUGAUUUGGGAGCUAGUAUGAGUCUUAUGCCUUUGUCCAUCUAUAGGAAGUUAGGAAUUGGUACAGUUCAGGAUACCAUAAUGACACUUUAG